GGAAUUGAGUGCAUUGUGGAAUCGGCAGCCAUCGAGCAGAGUGCGAGCUUUCACUGUGUUUCUCUCGCUGCCCCGUCAGCGCAGCCCAUGAGGUCAGUCUUAUGGGCUCCAUUUCAGGAUUAGAAACGGAGGCCUAGAGAGACACCUGUCUUGCGCAGUCUCUGACCCAAGCCCAGGUCUUCCCACCAAUGCUGCCACCUUCCAGGGUCACCUCUGCUGAGAGCCGCAAAAGAGGUGGCAUCCUGCAAAUAUGUGUGGCUGGGACCCCAGGACAUAGUCCAGCCUUGAAGCUUAUAGACUGGGUGUGUCUAAGGAACAUGUGUUCCCUCGUGGAUUCACUCACUUAUUCGGCAAUUUGGGUGCGCACUGGUGUAAGAUGCAGAGGCAGCCCUGUCACCCAGCGGGGGGCAUGACAGCUUCGGUCCUCCAGAGGGAAAAAUGGCCUGAACUCUGAGCCAGAAGCCCCUUGUAUGUUGGGUGUCGGGAUGUCAGGGGCUGGGCGAGUUCCCGGCUCGCACGGAAGCCAGAAAAAACACAGGAGAGCGGAGUGACAACUCUGGAGUCGGAGAAGGGAACUCCGCCAAGAAUCAAAGGCAAAGGAGCUGAAGAGCCCACACUGGAGACGGGGGAGGAGGGACAAUGGGCGCGCCUUUCUGAGAGGCCUAGGCUGCACAGAGCGCCUCUGCCGCAACCCCAGUUGGCACGGGUUCAGAGGUGGUCGAAGCCCAUCACUUUGGGAAAGCUCCGGGUGUGUUCCCUGAGAAGGGCUAGCUGGCUGAUCUGGGGGAUUUGCGGUGACGUCUCUCGCGCCGGGGUUAGGAUUUCCCUUGCGGGAAGAGCUGGAGUGUGAUCGCGAGGCGACUGCCGGUGCGGCCCCGGCUGGGGCUGACGCUAAGGCUGGCGCUGGGGCAAGGAGGCACUGCUCUGCACCUGAGGCCGCUCGGAAGGGGCGCGCCCAGCGGAGGGGCCGGCCGAGGGCGGUGCGGGGAGAGGCUCGGCCCCUCCUCCCCGCCCUCUCUUCUCUAGGCAGGUCCGAGCCGAGAGGCUGCCGCGGGGCGCAGGGAGGGGAUCCGCGCGGAAACAAGGAGGGGCCGCCGUGGAGAUUCAUUGGAGCACCCGACGGCCCAAAGCUGAUAAAUAAGGGGCCCGGCGGAGGCCGGCGGCCGAGUUUAACCCCCGACCGGAGCCAGGGCCUGGUCACCACCGGCCCCACGAGGCGAAGUCCGGCGACCCCAGUGCAGCCAUGGCCUCGCUGCUAGGAGCCUACCCGUGGCCCGAAGGGCUCGAGUGUCCAACCCUGGAAGCCGAGCUGUCGGAUGGGCUGUCGCCGCCGGCCGCACCCCGGCCCCCGGGAGACAAGGGUUCGGAGAGCCGCAUCCGGAGGCCCAUGAAUGCCUUCAUGGUGUGGGCCAAGGACGAGAGGAAACGGCUGGCGGUGCAGAACCCGGACCUGCACAACGCAGAGCUCAGCAAGAUGCUGGGAAAGUCAUGGAAGGCGCUGUCACUGUCACAGAAGAGGCCCUAUGUGGAUGAGGCAGAGCGGCUGCGGCUGCAGCACAUGCAGGACUACCCCAACUACAAGUACCGACCCCGCAGGAAGAAGCAAGCGAAGCGCCUCUGCAAGCGAGUGGACCCUGGCUUCCUCCUGAGCUCCAUCUCCCGGGACCAGAACACCUUGCCUGAGAAGGGCACCAGUGGCUGCGGGGCACAGGGAGAAAAGGAGGGCAGGGGUGAGUACUCCACAGGUGCUGCUCUGCCCACCCUCCGAGGCUGCUACCACGAGGGUCCUGCCGGGGGUGCCCCCGGCAGCGUGGACACAUAUCCCUACGGGCUGCCUACGCCCCCGGAGAUGUCUCCCUUGGACGUGCUGGAGACGGAGCAGACCUUCUUCUCCUCUGCUUGCCCAGAGGAGCACGCCCACUCCCGACACCUGCCACACCUGCCUGGGCCACGGUACUCCCCCGAGCUGGCCCCUAGCCCCCUCCACUGCAGCCAUCCCCUGGGCUCUCUGGCACUUGGCCAGACCCCAGGGGUGUCAGUGAUGUCCACAGUUACUGGCUGUCCCUCAUCCCCUGCCUAUUAUUCCCCAGCCACCUACCACCCUCUCCACUCCACCCUCCAUACCCACCUGGGCCAGCUCUCCCCACCCCCAGAGCACCCUGGCUUUGAUACCUUGGAUCAGCUGAGCCAGGUGGAACUUCUGGGGGACAUGGAUCGCAAUGAGUUUGACCAAUAUUUGAACACUCCUGGCCAUCCAGACUCUGCCACUGGGGCUGGGGCUCUGAGUGGGCACACCCCACUCUCCCAGGUAACCCCCACAGGCCCCACGGAGACCAGCCUCAUCUCUGUCCUGGCGGAUGCCACAGCUGCUUAUUACAACAGCUACAGUGUGUCCUAGAGCCUAAGGCACAAGUCUGCCCCAGCCCUCACUGCCCUGUCCUUGCUGCGGACAACAUGAGCAGACUGCACAGAGCCACCAGCCUUCCUCCUGUCCCGGUGGUGGUGGGGCCCAAACACUGGCCAGGCAGCCUUCAUUCGACAGCUGGGAUGGCUCUGUGGAUCCAGCGCCCUUGACUUCCAUCACGUGAGUUCCUCUGGCUACAGCCCAGGAGCAGACACCUCCAGUCGCUGGGAUACUCUCUGCCCCCCAGAAUGAGCUGCCUGGCCCUGCCCUCCUGGCCCAUCGUAGGCAGGAGCCACACCUGCUCGCUGGGUGCUUGGGGAGGAAGAGCCACAGCGAGGACUCCAGCACAGCACCACCGAGGACACUGGUGCAGCCCUGCCCUCCACUCUGUGAAGCCACGGUGAGCUGGACGGCCAUGGCCUCCAUGUCUGCCAGGUUUCUGAGGUAGGGCUCUGGCACUGCUGCCUGAAGGACAGCGGGGCAUCCUGCUAGUGUGCAGCCUGGCUCUGCCCGUGGGCUCUGUUCCUGUUGCCUCCCUUCCACACUGACCCUCACUUGGGACGCAGGACACUUCCAGAUGUGACUCGGAGGUCAGACAGCAUCACUGGGAACAGCACUGAAGCUGGAUUUUUAAAGAUAUAUUUUUAGAUCAAUUCUUUUUAUUACACACUCUUGGAGAGAGUCGGUGAGAGACCCCCCUGUACUCACAUCUACGCACACCCUUGUGUGGUAUCAACCAGGUCUACCCAACUGCGGCUGUCUCUCACCACCUGUUGCUCCUGAAGCCCCAAAGAGCCAGGCCCCUGCCCACUCAGAGCCCCAGCCCCAGGCAGCCUGAGCGCAGAGGCAGCGCCAGCAACCGGACCUGCUGGUUUCUUGAGCAGAAUUUCACCACUCUUUCCCCUCUGCACCUGCACAAAGAGCCUGUCCCGCUCUUCAGCUUCCUUUCUCCCUUCCCUGGAAUGCUUCCUGUCUUGUGCUGGCUCUUGCUCUGCCCCUGGCAUGGGUCCCCAGUGCGAGGAGCCUCUGACUGGACCCCCAGGGUUUCCUUUGUCUGGAAGGACACUUUAUUUUCUGGUGAGCCAGCCAGUCCCUGAGAACUGUCCUCAGCCAGCACCUCUGCGAGGCUGGCUUCCCAGGCAGAAACACACUGUGACUCUGACACGGGCCCUGAGCCCCGACAGCCCAUCCUCCGUCCUCCCUGAACCCCUUCGAAGGAACUCGCCUCACAUGCCUCUUGUUGUCUUCGGACAUCAGCGUAUUAUUGCCGUGUGAAAUGUGUUUUAUAUAUUCUCCUAAUAUGUUCACUUUAUAUCUCAUAUUGUCCAUUCUUUUUUCCUUCCAAGCAGUCUUAUUGUAAAAUCACUUAUAUGAUUAAUCUUUAUGUUAUUAUUGUAUAUGCCAUUUGGUAACAAAUAGUAAACUGUUCUGGUGCACAGCCCAGAAGUGUAUUAAUAAUCUUGUAAAAUAGUAUCACCGACAUUAAGCUAAACUGUUGCGAUUUUUUUUUUGUAAGGACUACACAUGCUUGGAAUGGUUAUGAUAUUGAUUUGUCAAAAAUAUUUAAUUUAAAUAAACUUUUUUGUACCAUGA